AUGGAAAACCACAUCAAGGCCCUAAUCAUCCACUGGCAAGACGUCUGCUAUGCUUGGGAUGUCGUGAAUGAAGCACUUGCUUCGAAUGGGAGCUUUUUGUCCGGCGCCUGGACUACCAUUGGCCCCGAGUACUUCUUCCUGGCAUACCAAUUUGCACAAGAGGCAGUUGAAGCCACUGGGAAAGACAUUAAGUUGUACUACAAUGACUAUGGCAUUGAAGACACCGGAAACAAAACUCAAGCCACAUAUAGUCUAGUCGAAGAGCUACAAGCUCGAGACAUCCGUAUCAACGACACGAGCCUCAAAUCUCACUUCAAAGUCGGCGGGACGCCAAGAAGUGCUAAAGAAUCCCUUGGCACGUGA